AUGCCGAAUAAUUUGGCCAUUUGGGUUGAUGGCAACAGGAACCAAAGGACAUUUAGGCCCAAGAAGAAUGCACCAUCUGGUAAUAAGGGCGUACAGUUGAAGAAACACAUUGAUGCGACAUUAGGAAAUGGUAAUUUGAGAGAUGCUGUACGGUUGCCUCCUGGAGAGGAUCUCAAUGAAUGGAUGGCUGUUAAUACUGUUGAUUUCUUCAAUCAGGUGAACAUACUGUAUGGCACUCUGACGGAGUUCUGCACGCCUUCCACAUGCCCAACGAUGACAGCCGGAUCGAAGUUUGAGUAUAGAUGGGCCGACGGAGUGCAGAUCAAGAAACCUAUCGAGGUUUCAGCACCAAAAUAUGUGGAGUAUUUGAUGGACUGGAUUGAGGUCCAACUUGAUGAUGAGUCCAUAUUCCCUCAAAAACUUGGAACACCUUUCCCAAAAAAAUUUCGAGAUGUUGUGAAGACAAUAUUCAAGCGCCUUUUCCGUGUUUAUGCUCAUAUUUACCACACUCAUUUUCAGAAAAUUGUGAGCCUCAAGGAAGAAGCCCAUCUUAACACAUGUUUCAAGCAUUUUACAUUGUUCACCUGUGAGUUCAAAUUGAUCGACAAGGCUGAACUUGCACCACUUAUUGAUCUUAUUGAAUCCAUCGUGACCGUUUGCUAA